AUGUGGCGGAUACCCAAAGAUAUACCCCAGACGGCAGAGUCCAACGGCCACACCUCCCUCAAAGAACUCAGCGUCCAGACUCCUCUGCCGGAAAUCUUCGAGCACUGGAACGAAGACGGGGCAGUCAUCAUCAAGAAUCUCCUCUCCCCCGGACAACUCUCCCAACUCCAAACCGAACUCGAGCCCAUCCUCCAAACCGUCCAACGAGGCUCUCUCAUCCCGCACGAAGACCUUCAAGCUUUUCAUGGCCGGAAAACAAAACGAGCUGGCGAUCUCGUCAACCACAGCGCCGUCUUUCGAGAGAAAUUCAUCGAAAACGACUUUUUGCAUUCCUUGCUCAAACAUGUCUUCACGCAAGGCGGACAUGCAGGGACUUAUUGGCUCUCGGCAGCUUCGACCUUAAAUGCAGCAGGCCCACAAGCGGCUCAGACGCUGCAUAGAGAUCUGGAGCAGAGUCCGCCGUAUGUCUUGCUUGGACCGGAGAGCACGGAAGCCGUUGUCAAUUUCCUCGUAGCCCUCACGGAUUUCACGGAAGAAAAUGGAGCCACCCGUCUCAUUCCGGGAAGUAACAAAUGGUCCUACGAUCAGCGCGGUAGAAUCGACCAAUCCAUCCCAGCUCUCCUGAAAGCGGGCGACUGUCUCUUCUUCAGCGGCAAAGUGGUCCAUGGAAUGGGCGAGAACAGCACCUCCACGGAGAGAAAAUGUAUCCAGAUGUCCACGGUCGCUGGGUUCCUUACUCCCACUGAAGCACAUCCCUUCACUGUUACUCUAGAGACAGCGAAGAAACUUUCGAGGCGAGGACAGAGGUAUUUAGGCUUUAGGAGCCAGUAUCCUAGGGAUGCGUCGGGGCUUUGGUUGAAGGAUUAUGCGGAGCUGGGAUUACAUUUGGGGUUGGACACAAUAGAGACUAUCGGGGAGGAUCAGCAGGAGAUUUUGAAGGAGCAUAUGGAGGCUUAUAUGAGGGAUGGCGCGGGGAAGUAG